AUGCCCGCCACAGACUCGCCCGCAGUCAUUGUAGCCCGCUUUCUGAAAGCAAACCAUUACAACGAGACUCUCGAAGCAUUCCUCAUCGAGGCAGGACUCUCCGAGGACGUAGCGAUCACUAAUCCUGGUGACUGGACGAUUGAAAAGAUCAUCGAGGAGAAGAAACAAUUCGAUGCCAGUCUCGCCUUCGAAAAGGUCGGUGGCGAUGCUGAUGUCGGGUGGAUAACGCCAGCUCCCUCGAAAGCGGUUGAGCCGGAGGGUGUCCCUACCACGUCAAAUGUCCUCUGCGUCAGCGGAUUGAGCAGCAAAGAGAAUAACGACGCGGUAAUCUUCGUCACCGCCGCCGACCGCUCAUGGUGUAAUGUCUCGGCUACGCCGCCAUUCACUCGGACAGGCUCGAUCGAAAAUGCUCACGGAAGUCCGGUUCUAUCCCUCAGCUCUCUGGACGGAGGCUAUGUCUUCUCGACAUCCAUGUCGGGACAGCUGAUGCUGCAUGAUUCCCGGGGUCGACUGAUUGAUAAAGUGCGUGACCAUCUCAAAUACGCCGUGCAGGUGGUCUCGGGAUAUACUCGUCAGGGACGAUGGAUCGUGGCGACGGCCGGGUGGGAUCAGAAAGUCCAUAUCUACGCUCCCGAGCAUGAGCUCGCAGGAAACUUCCAGCCCAGCACGGAGUCGGAGAUAGCUAGCGACGAGCCCUUCAUUCAGGGUCUACUUCGCGACCCGAUCCACACCAUUACACUGCCCACGAACCCAGAGUCCAUGGUUCUCGUCCAAAACCCAGAUACUCAUGAUCUCUACCUUGUCCUGUCCCGACGCGACUCUACCUUCCUUUACUACUACUGCAUCACACCCACAUCCGACGAGUCAUCUUCAUCUCGGAGCAGCGAAGUUACAUACUCGGUUCAAGAGACGGGACGGCAGAAUCUCGCACCUCACUCCAAUGCUUGGGUCGCAUUUACCCCUUCCUGUCUUGCUGUGUGUCCGACGGACCCUUCCCUCUUGGCCGUUGCAACGUCUCACCUUCCACACAUGAAGCUCCUUAUCGUCCGACUCCUCUUCCCCACGGCGACCUACAACUCGACCAACUCCAUCGCCCUAGACAACGGGUCAGAACCGCAAACCCAAGUCUCGCAAGCCCGCGCCGCCCUAGCACUGCAAGACCGCGAAGAUGCCGCCAUAAAACUGCACGUGACGACCAUGGCCCCUCAAACUCCUUACUCUACGCCGCAGGUCGUUUGGCGACCAGGUGGGAAGGGGGUGUUUGUGAAUGCAGAUGACGGGGUCAUCCGUGGUUUGGACACGCAUAGUGGCAAGGUCGUGGCCACCCUCAAGGGACAUGAGGUCGGAAGUAAAGUGCGGACUUUGUGGGCUGGCUGGGAAACCGCUGAGUCUGGCAGUCACGGGCAUGGAAAGGAGAGAAAGGAGAUUCUUGUCAGUGGUGGAUUUGAUAAGAAGGUGCUUUUCUGGCGGGUUCACGCGGGAGAGAUGGGCGUUUCUGACUGA